GGGAACGCUGAGUAUAAGGAGGGAGGUUGCGCCGAGUUUCUCUCUCUUGCAUCUGGCCUUGCUGCGGAGGGGGAGGGAAGUCGAGCCGCAGAAGCCGAGGGGGAGAGGGGUUUUGUAGUCGGAAAAUGGCCCCAAAGAAGGGAGGGAAGCCGCCAGUGCCUGCUAAGAAGAAAGUUGAAAAGGUUGUGAACCCAUUGUUUGAAAAGCGGCCAAAACAAUUUGGAAUUGGUGGUGCAUUGCCCCCCAAAAAGGAUCUGCACAGGUUUGUCAAAUGGCCCAAAGUCGUUCGUAUUCAAAGGCAACGUAGGAUUCUGAAGCAGCGUUUGAAGGUUCCUCCUGCUUUGAACCAGUUCACAAAGACGCUUGACAAGAACGUUGCAUCCAAUCUUUUCAAGAUGCUGCUGAAGUAUCGCCCUGAGGACAAAGCUGCUAAGAAGGAAAGACUUUUGAAGAGGGCUCAGGCAGAGGCAGAAGGCAAGCCCGUAGAGGUGAAGAAGCCCAUUGUUGUUAAGUAUGGGAUCAAUCACGUGACCUACCUUAUUGAGCAGAACAAGGCCCAGUUGGUGGUUAUUGCUCAUGACGUCGACCCAAUUGAGCUGGUUGUGUGGUUGCCUGCUUUGUGCCGGAAAAUGGAAAUCCCAUAUUGCAUAGUGAAAGGAAAAGCACGUCUUGGGGCGAUUGUUCACAAGAAGACUGCUACUGCUCUCUGUCUAACAUCUGUGAAGAAUGAGGACAAAUUGGAAUUCAGCAAGAUUAUUGAGGCUGUUAAGGCAAACUUCAACGACAAAUAUGAUGAGCACAGGAAGAAAUGGGGUGGUGGUAUUAUGGGUUCUAAAUCACAGGCGAAAACUAAGGCAAAAGAAAAGCUUCUGGCCAAGGAAGCUGCACAGAGGAUGAGCUGAGGAACCAUAAAAACAGCUGUUAGAUAUAGGGGAAAAUUGGUAAUUGAGCUGUUUGCCGUUUAGGAGAGAAGCGGAGAAGAGUUUUAUUUUGCCUUCUUGUUUUGUAGUGAAUCUUUGUUUUAUUGUUUUCUUUUUGGUUGUUUAAGGAAUGCUUCUUUAUCUCAUGGUUAUCAUUUUUUA